AAGGAUCGUACCAAGUGACCCCGUGUAAUAAUGUUACAUGUCACUGCUUGCAAUACUCUUCGUAAUAUUUGUCUUCAAUUCGAAAGCUGCAAGCCCUGGCAGGAUGCGGUCGGUGGGAGUUACGACGCCGAGACCAUCAUUUCGCAGGUCAUAACAGCAGCUUCGUACUCAGGGUCCUCUCUUACCCUCGGGUCCACGGCUGUCACGCUCGCGACAGUACGAGUAAGGCGAGAGUUGAGGAAUCUGAUCUGUGCGACGAGGCAGCUCAUAACAGCAAAGACAAGCUCUGCUCCGAAAAGUUCCAGAGAAGUUCUGGAAGGGAGAUCCUAUACCAAGUCUGUCACAGCAUCAGCCUGAAGGUCAUCGAGACGGUGCAGAUAUGUGGAGGUUUAAGAAGCUGCUGCUGCAUGGUUAGUCAGAUGUUCAAUAAGUUGUCGCCACCACCACUUUCAAGCUUUUGUCCUGGGGGCAGCCUUACGCCAAAUGGUUUGAUUAUGCUUUGUUUUCUGUGUCAAAUUGAUUCACCUUCCCCGCUCUGCAGCUCAUCCCUGCCUUGAAUUUGUAACGAAUAUUCCAUGUUAUCCUGGUAAGCGACCAAAUAAUGUUUUCAGAACAGAGCUCUGUCUGGAUCUAUUAUGCACGACAAUUUUCUGAGAAUUGAGUGAUACUAUAUUCACAAGUAGUCAGUUCACCUUAAGUGUGAGAAAAGAAGGUGGUAUUACAUUUGAUUGCUGUGCAGAAUGCUUCAUCAGAGUCUCAGAAUCUUGUCUUCCUUUUCAAAUAAAAAUUAGACUGGAUAACUGAGCCUUGACUCAGCCGCUGAUGCAUCCUCGAAAGUUGGAGGGAUUAGGCGCAGCUGUGGCCGCGUGUUACAGCUAAGUAAUCACGGAUUAGCGUUUUUAUUUUUUUUAGGAAUAGAAUAAUGACAUCUUAAGGACAAGGCAAGAUGACACAAAUUGUGGAAGCUGUGAAGGCAAUCAAAAAGGGAGAUGGACUCUAUUCAACUGGAGUCUUAACUGGUAAGUUAUUUCUUGAUGGUUUUUCUUGCAGCUAUGUGGGUUUUAAUUUUAAUUUUAAUUUUUUCCUUCUUCUUCUUCUUCUUCUUCUUCUAUGGUUAAAACCGCCUUUAGGGAAGUUCUGGAUGAUAAUGAAUGUUAAAGCUAAAUUAGUAUUCCUGGUUAGCCAUGUGAUUAUGACUUGCUAUUUUAGGGGUAAUCAAAUGUUGGAUUUUCUUUUCACUGGCUCUUGCAACUAAUAUUAAAAGUGCAAUGAUUUUUGUAUUUUACUAAAACAUUGGAAAAAGGUUAUUUUUAUUGAAAUGCAAACUUUGCAAAUACAAUAAAAAAGGUGUUGAUUGUUUC